AUGCUUGCACAUACAAGAUUUUGGAUAAUGUUUUUGCUGUCUUUGACUGUGGGGACUGGGUCAUACGGUGCCACAAUGGGACACAACGACCAGGACAACAGCCAGAAGAUCACCCCACUGUCAGGACACAUUGGAGAUGAACAGGAAGAUGGAGAUAUGGGAUAUGUGCCUCCCAACACUAAUGAACAGCCGACCGACCAAUCAACACAUGCCACUGAAGACAUACCAUGCAAAGAGGACCAACCAGCACACAAUCAUUCCAUGGAUGAUUUCUUGUCAGCCCUCAAAGAUGGCUGGAACAGGGAGAGUGAAUGGGGAAUGGAGUUCAAGCAAUUUGGAAUAUGUUCGGAACAUGACGCAAUAACAGAUUUCCAGGUGGCUGCAUUAACACGUCUAGCUGAGAGUGCACACCAACAAAUUAAUGGACUUAAGGGUGUACAUGCCACAAAAGUAGAUAUUUGGGAUGCUGAGGAAGAGAGAGACAUUAGUUUGGCCCUCACAUUCCCAAGGCAAGCUCAGUCAACCAACCUGACCUCCAUGACUCUCCUGUUUAGUGUGGAUUCCAUCAAGGGAGAUGGUUUAAGAAUGACAUUUAGCAGUCAUUCUCUUCAUCCAAAUAAACAGACAAUUUGCAUUUCCGAGGGCAUGCAUUUUCUUUUCCUUACAGGUGGACAGAAAGAGAGUAAAACUCAUGGUCACCUUAAACUGAGACUUGCAGUUGAGACAUUGAAGACUGAGAACAGGCAUAAACCAAGUCUGUCUGAGCUUCAGGAAGUCUUAAUGAGAAAAGUGGAUGGAAACAACAUUUCAGUGAAGCCAAUGUUAUUUUUUCUCGCUGACCAUGAAAAUAGUGAUGAGCAAAGGACUCCUAAUUUACAAUACCAUGGAAUUACUCUGGAUCAGAGACCUUUACCAGGCCCUCUUCCCCCAUCCAAAACGUUCCUCUUCCUGUGCGAGCUACAGAAGCUCUUCAAUGACAUCCUGCCAGAGAAAGAGCCAUCGACACCUCAAGAAGAGGCAAGCACAGUCUAUUUGGAUGAACUGCAUUCCCUUCCACCUCUCACCCUUGGAGUGUCAUCCACAGAGUCACUCCUUUCAAGACUGGUGAAUUCCUCCACUCCAACUGCAUUUGUCUUCCCCCAAAUGCAGCAAAGCCUGCAGACUCACAGAGUGGAGCUGACACUGGAGUCUCCUCUACUGUCUGUGCUCAGACUACGACUGGAUGACGCCAUUGCUCAGAUGAAAAAUGAGGCAGAGCAAAAGGUGAUUGACAGGCUUCAGAAGCUGAGUGAACUUAGUGCCCUUCCUCCAGAUGGGGUGGAUGAUGAAACAAUCAGUAAAGACCAUAAAGAGGCGCAGUACCGGGCCUUUUUGCUGCUGAAGGCUCUGCAGACAGUACUCCGUACCUUGGAGGUGGAACGGGCCCAGAGGACAGCCAGAGCAGAUGAUGGCCCGACCACACCCAGUCAGUGUCGACUUCAGAGCUUGACUGUGUCCUUGAGGAAGUUCUCUCUUGUCCCCUCUAUGGCCAACAUCAACAACUGCAUGGGGGCCUGCGUCUUCCCAAUGGAUGAUGGCAUCAACCACGUCGUCCUCCUGAACAACCAUAUCGAGAGCGGCCAUCCCGUUACUCGCACUCCCUGCUGUGUGCCAGUGGACUAUAUCGACCUGCAAGUGAUUGAGCUAGAGAGCGUGGGUACCAAGAUUGCCCCCAAGCAAAAUGUGGUGGCGACCAAGUGUGGGUGUCGUUGAUG